AAAAAAAAAAACACAAAAAAAGGUCCCCCCAAAGUAAAUGCGAGAGCCUCUGUCCCGCACAAACCAAACUCAGCAAAGAGAAUAGUGGUUGAAACCCAGAACCCACCAUGAAGAUUCCGUCCGCUACCGAGCUGCCUGAACCCACCAGCUGUGAGACCUCUUUCCCACGCCUGAACCCCAGUAACCACGUGAGAGGCCCUCGUCCCGUACCCUUUCAAACCAAAGCAAGCAGUGGAGACUAAAUUUUGAAACCCUAGCCUGCAACCUCUCAUUCCGUCCAAGGAGCUAUUCCUCGUUCCCACCGGCUGAAAACUCCAAGGCUGGACUUGCUAUGGAUUCCGACAUAGAGCUCUCUGAUAACAAGCAUGAUGAGGUAAGCGUUGAUAAUGGGCAAGAUAACAAUGAAACUAUUGAAGAACCUAAGAUUGGAAUGUCAUUUUCAACUGAAGAAGAAGUUCGGUCUUACUAUAUGAAGUAUGCUAAGCAUAAGGGGUUUGGGGUGCGUAGAAGAAAUUCUAGACAGGGAGACGAUGGGAAGGUUAGAUGGUUUACCUUGGUAUGUGCGCGACAAGGCACACCAAAGAGUCAGGCUACCAGUUUUCUCAAGCCAAGACAAACAGAGAGGAUAGGGUGUAAAGCUAGGAUUAAUGCGAUUUUAAAUGAUGAAGAUGGAUAUACCUUGUCUAGUGUAAUAUUGGAACACACGCAUGUUUGUAGUCCAGAAAAGGCAAGACAUUUCAGAUGUUUUAAGAAGGUAGAUGCUCGUGUGGCUAAGGGGCGUGAAAUAAAUAAUGCGGCAGGAAUACGUAUGGGAAAGAACUUCAAGUCUCCAAUUGUUGAAGCUGGGGGAAACGAGAAUGUGUCAUUUGGAGAAAAGGAGUGUCGAAACUAUAUUGACAAUGCACAACUUCGUCUUGGGGUUGGAGGUGCUGAAGCUCUUCGUAAUUACUUCAGAGAAAUGCAUAAAAAAAAUUCAGAAUUUUACUAUGAGAUGGACGUGGACGAUGAUAUGAGGUGUAGGAAUGUGUUUUGGGCUGAUGCCCGAAGUAGAGCUGUGUAUCAAUCAUUCGGGGAUGUAAUUACAUUUGACACAACAUACUUGACAAAUGCGUAUGAGAUGCCUUUUGUAUCGUUUGUGGGUGUGAAUCAUCAUGGUCAGUCAAUCCUAUUAGGGUGUGGAUUGAUAUCCAGUGAGGACACACAAACUUUUGAGUGGUUUUUUGAGUCAUGGUUGAAGUGUAUGAACGACCAAGCACCAAAUGCAAUUAUUACAGAUCAAAACAAGGCAAUGCAACUUGCAAUUGCGAGGGUGUUUCCAAAUUCUAAACAUCGCUUCUGCUUGUCGCACAUUAUGAAAAAAUUUCCUGAGAAGUUUGGAUCACAUUCUCAAUAUGAGGAGAUCAAGAGUACUCUAGAAAAGUGCGUAUAUGACUCUUCAAGUGAGCAAGAGUUCGAAGAACGUUGGUUCAAUUUGCUUGAUACCUAUCAUCUUCAUGAAAAUGCAUGGUUGGGAUCGUUACAUAGUGAUAAGCGUUUUUGGGUGCCGGCAUACGUUAAAGACACAUUUUGGGCUGGAAUGUCAAUUACACAACGGAGUGAAAGCAUGAAUGCAUUCUUCGAUAACUACGUUAACUCCAAGACCACAUUGAAACAAUUUUUAGAUCAGUACAAUUCAGCCCUUAGAAGGAAGGUAGAGAAUGAAGCUGUUGCUGACUUUAAUUCAUUUAACACCGAGAUUCCGUGCAUCAGUCACUAUCCUCAUGAGAAGCAAUUUCAAAAAGCAUACACAAUUGCAAAAUUCAAAGAAGUACAAGAUGAAUUUAGAGGAUUUUUAUAUUUAUCUACCUCACUGCUGGGAUGUGAGGGUGCAAAAUAUACGUACGCAGUUGCUGACGAGAUUAAAGUGAGUGAUGAAUUUAUAAAACAUGCAAACUUCAUUGUAGCGCUAGAUGAAGAUCCGCUUGAAGUUAAAUGCAGUUGCAAGUUAUUUGAGUUUAGGGGCAUAUUAUGCAGACAUGCUCUUCGGGUCCUGGCUCUGUUAGGUAAGAGUAAACUACCAUCAAAAUACAUCUUGGAUCGGUGGAGGAAGGAUAUAAAAAGGAAAUACACCUUUAUCAAAAGUAGUUAUGAGGCAAACUGCAACCCUGAGAGACAAAGGUAUGAUAGGAUCCUAAAUUGCUUUUAUGAACUGGCCUCAAAUGCAUCGAAGACCGAGAAAAGUUGUGUGAAACUGAUCAGUCAGGUAGAGCAGUUGAAGAUAGAGUACCUUGAAGACAAUUCAAGGUGUGGUAGCAAUACAGAUAAGCCAGCUACAUCCAUGGAUGGCAUGACAACAAGUACAAGUAAAGCUUUUAGUCCCUUGGUAGUUCAAAGUAAAAAAAGGCCACCAUCUAAUAAGAGAAAAAUGCACCCCGCUGAGAAGGAUCUUAGGAAAUCAUCUACAAGGAGAUUGCGUUGCUGUGAAGUUGAGAGUAGUCAAUUAUCAAGAGAAGAUAGAGCAGAUGAAUACCAUGAGAGCGGCCCACAACAUGAGGCUCCUCAAACCCAAGAUCAACAAAGUCAAGCUUGGACUCAUGUGCCAAAUUAUUUUUGUACUUCUUCGACUGCUCCUCCAUUACAGGAUCAACAAAGUCAAGUUUGGACUCAUGCUCCAGAUUAUUUUUGUACUCCUUUGACUAUUGCUCCAUUGCAGAUGCAACCUUCUCGAUUGCAUCUCUCAGACCCGGAUGGAGGCAGUCAUGAUAAUCAGCUUAGAGACCUUAAUGAUGGUAAAUUUUUCCCUCUAAAUACACAAGCUGCCAUUUUCUUGUUUCAGGAGGUCAUUGAUACAUCUGGAGGAGGUGGUGCCCAGAAAUUCGUGAUGCCCUGGAAGAAGAAAUUAAAGAAAUUCAUGCUUUAUCAAUUAAGAAAGCUUUGACCCCAGAGCAGUGGAACCAAAAGCGUUAUUCUGAAAAAUCUCAUCCUACUUCUUAGAACAUGGGUUGAGGAUUUUGUAUGAUAAGUGAACAUGGGUUGAAAAUAAUUGUGACAAAAGUGUGUGCUAUUGCUGAUAAGCAUGGAAUGACUUUGCAAUAUGUCUUGAGUUUGUUGAGACUUGGGUCCAAGUUUAUUUAUGUUUGUUGCUCGGGUCCAGGAUUUAGCGUCAUUCUGAAAAUAAGCCAUGGAUCUUGGCAUGAAAAAGUGUGUAUGUUCUGAAAAUAAGCCAUUGUGUAUGUUUUUUCUCAAAA